AUGGGGGUAGGUUGCAGGUGUUGUGUUAAGGAUGGGUUAGGUAGGCAGUUGCAAGGAAGACUCUACAAAAGAGAUCAUCUGGCACUACCUGGGGGCAUUACUGGUCCUUGGAAACAAGUUUGGAGAUGUAAUAUUCCAGCCAAGGUGAAGCGCUUCCCGUGGUUGGUCUGUAUAAGAGCAUGUUUAACUCAGGAGAAGCUGAAAAGGAGGAGAGUCCAGAGUGUUUCUAGAUGCUUUUUCUACAAUGAAAAGAAGGCUGCAAUUUCUGCAACCUGGCUGUUUUUUUCUGCAAUUCCAACUCUUCUGGCUUUUAGGCGAGCUGCAGAGUCACUAGAGAAGUUAAUGGAUGUUACUAGAGAGGAGCUUCCUGACACUAUGGCUGCAGUUCGACUCUCUGGUAUGGAGAUCAGUGACCUAACUAUGGAGCUCAGUGACAUUGGCCAAGGAUUAACACAAGGUGUUAGAAGCUCAACUCGAGCUGUCCGUUUAGCAGAGGAAAGAUUGCGACAGUUUUCAAGCACGCCUCAAUCAGCAACCGUGCAGGGUCUACUAGUCCCAAUGGAGACCAGGACAGCAGGACCAGCUUUAGCAAAAAAGGCGAGGGACCUAAGGGAAGGGAUAGUUAAAGGUCGUCAAGUUUUACAAAUGCUUUUCACCCUCACCCGGUAUUCCAGGACAGUCUUCAAUUUCUUCAAAUCCAGGGAAAAGACAUAGAUCCAAGAGCAUUAGGUCCAAGAAAAUCAAAUCUGCCUUAAGUUGCAUAAUUCCAAGUGCUAGGCAGUUACUAUGUUCAUAUACAUCAGACUUUUGCAUGGAUUUGGUAGUCUGAUCCAUAAUGUAGUUCAGUUAGGUCAUAUGGAAAAUGAAUAAUUUUGACAUUAUUGUGCAUGAACUUUGAAACUGUUUGAAUAGUUUUUGAU